CGCAUACGUGGAUUGAGAUUCAGAAACGAGAGAGAGAGAGGGGAGGAGAAGAGGCCUUCCCCUUCUAGAGAGAGAGAGAGAGACGAAGCGAAGGAUCUGAUGAUAAUCUCUGGAGUUCUGAUAGAAGGCGAGUGAGCUCACUCACUUACUUACACAUCUGAUCUGAAUUCUAAUUUGUUGCCUAUAUACAAAUGCCAUUGAUUUUGGUCGACAUUUGGCUUAAGUAGAAAGCUUUGGAGUACAUUAUAUGUGACCAGAGUAGGGUAAAUGUCAUUCCGUAGCAUAGUUCGUGAUGUAAGGGAUGGUUUUGGAAGCUUAUCAAGGCGGAGUUUUGAGUUGCGACUGACUGGCCAUCGCAGGGGGAAAUCUCAUGGUGCAGUUCAUGAGUUAUAUGACCACCAGUCCAUUGUUAUACAGAAUAGCUGCUGGGCUAGCCUCCCACCAGAACUUCUUUGCGAUGUGAUUAAGAGGUUAGAAGCAAAUGAAAGCACAUGGCCCGCUCGCAAACAUGUUGUUGCAUGUGCUGCUGUGUGCAGGUCUUGGAGGGAAAUGUGUAAGGAAAUUGUUCAGAGCCUUGAGUGUUCGGGAAAGAUUACUUUUCCAGUCUCCCUAAAGCAGCCAGGGCAUCGAGAUGGACCCGUUCAGUGCUACAUUAAGAGAGACAAAGCUAAUCUAACUUAUCACCUUUUCCUUUGCCUUAGUCCUGCUUUGCUUGUUGAAAAUGGGAAGUUUCUUCUUUCUGCAAAACGGAAUCGGCGAACUACUUACACAGAGUAUGUGAUCUCCAUGGAUGCGGAUAACAUAUCAAGAUCAAGUAGCACUUACAUAGGAAAACUGAGGUCAAACUUUCUUGGUACGAAAUUCAUAAUUUAUGACACACAGCCACCCUACAAUAGCGCUCAACCUUCCACUUCUGGGCGUACAAGCCGCCGGUUCUACUCCAAAAAAGUUUCUCCCAAAGUCCCUACGGGCACCUACGACAUUGCCCAUGUCACAUACGAUUUGAACGUGCUAGGCACAAGGGGUCCACGGAAGAUGAAUUGCAUCAUGCACUCCAUCCCUGUUUCAGCCCUCGCGCCAGGAGGCUCCGUCCCGGGUGCUCCUGAGUUGCUUCCCCGUUCCCUUGAAGACUCAUUCCGUAGCAUCUUGUUGUCAAAAGCGAUCGAUAACUCAGCAGAGUUCAGCAGCUCUCGGUUCUCCGACAUCUUGGGCCCACUUGAGGAAGGGGAAGAAUCGAAGGAUGGGCCUUUGGUCCUUCGGAAUAAAGCUCCAAGGUGGCACGAGCAGUUGCAGUGCUGGUGCCUGAACUUCCGUGGGAGGGUGACUGUUGCUUCUGUCAAGAAUUUCCAACUAGUUGCUGCUGCUGCUGCCACUGAAGUAGUUACUGGUGGUGGAGUGCCACCUCCUCAGGCCCCCCAAUCUGAUCCUGACAAGAUCAUCUUGCAGUUUGGUAAGGUUGGGAAGGAUUUGUUUACAAUGGAUUAUCGGUACCCUCUGUCUGCAUUUCAGGCUUUCGCCAUCUGUUUGAGCAGCUUCGACACUAAGCUGGCAUGUGAAUAGAAGGAACAAAUAGGGCAGGCAGUCUGGUGAUGGUUUUCUUCUUAUUCUAGAGUUGUGUAGGUUGGAAGUUUGUAUGUAUCAUAUGGUAUGCAUAUGAAUAUGGCUGGCUGGUGCUAAACAACAUCUCCACGCCUUGGAGGGAGGUUUCGUUUCUUUUUCCAUUUCUGUUUCUCUUUUUUUGUAAUAUUUCUCUUUUCUUAUUUUUUGUUUUUUGCACUGCGAUAAAAUCGUUGAAUGUAUCAGUUGUAUUUGUUUUGUGUCUUGAAUUGAAAACUUUGAAGGUGCCGGGCGAACUCAGUAUCAUUGGCCUUCAAAAUUUGUGACCUAACUAUUUGUUGCAAGGUCUUUGUGGGACUCUGGAAUGGGUAGCCUGUUGAAUUUGUUGUUGA